UCACACCUACACCAACAGAGAUAGAGAGAGAGAGAGAAAAGAAUGGCUUGUGUAGCUGUAAAUUCUCUUAUCACAACAUUAGAGCUUGAGUUCUUGCAACCUCACCCUCGUCCAAUCCUACAACAAAUGGAACUCAUCCCUUUUAACAAAGACCUCAUCCAAUCUCUCCAUGCAAAGCUUGGUUUUCUCAUACAACUGUUCGACGAGAGCAGAACGGAUGGUGUUGAAGCAAUUAACCACUUGGAAACAAAGCUUAGAGAUGUAGCUUCCAGAGUUGAAGAUGAAAUUGAGCUCCAUGUGGUACAUCUCUAUGAAGAAUUGGAAGCUUUCACACUAGAUCUCUAUUUGGUAGAUCCCUUUACAGAAGGGGACACUGAUGAAGCAAAAAAAACCCAGCAUUCUCAUAGACUUAGUCAUGUUUUGCAACAAGCAAUAGAAGACAUUGAUGCCAUUAAAGAAGAUCUGGAGAAAGUCAUGAUGGAGUACAAGCAUGACAUAGCUGCGCAAGGAAGGAAGAUUACACUUGAUCUUAUUCCAAAAUCUGAUGAUGAACUUGUUAAGAUGGACGGUUCCGGUUCUUCCAAUCAUGCUUCAUACACUGAGGACAUAAUGGUCGGGAAAAACAAUGAGUUCGAGAUUAUAAGGAAGAUGCUAAUACAACAUCCAUCUAAACAACGAGAAGUUGUCUCAAUUCAAGGUAUGGGAGGAAUCGGCAAGACAACGUUAGCUAGACGAGUUUAUGAAAAUCCAUCAAUUGUCUCCCACUUUGAUAGACGACUAUGGGUUGUUGUAUCACAACAUCACAAUAAGAGGCAAAUGCUCUUAGGUCUUCUUGGUUCUAAAGACAAUGUAAACCAUAGCAGUGAUGGGGACCUAGCAUUACAGCUCUACCAAAGUUUGAAGGGUCAAAGGUAUUUGGUAGUGAUGGAUGAUGUAUGGAGCAGAGAGUCAUGGAAUGGUGUCAACUCUUGCUUUCCAGAUGAUAUAAAUGGGAGUCGAGUAUUGUUGACUACUCGCGUUGCAGAGGUGGCUACUUGUAUUGGCUCUAACAAGUACUUCUCCCAUCAAAUGCACUUAUUGGAUCAAAGUGAAAGUUGGAAAUUAUUUCAUAAAAAGACAUGCAAAUGUCAUGGUGUUGAAUUUGAGACAAUUGGGAGACCAAUUGUUGAGAAAUGUAAAGGAUUGCCUUUGGCAAUUCUUGUGGUAGCAGGAGUUUUUCCAGAAGAUUAUAAGAUCAAUGCUAACAACCUUGCAAGGUUAUGGGCUGGCGAAGGACUUGUAAAGGCAUUCAAGAAUGAAAGUUUUGAAGUGGUGGCUAAAAGGUACAUAAAUGAACUUAUGGAUAGAAACUUAAUUCUUGUUAGCAAAAGAAGUUCAUGUGGAAGAAAAAUUAAGGAGUUUAGUGUACAUGAUUUAUUGCAUGCCUUUUGUGUAAGAGAAGGUCAGAACCAGAGUCUUUUGAAUGUUUUCCAUGAAAGUCAUUCCAAUUUCCCUCAGAAAGGUGCCCGUUGGCUAAGAAUCCAAAGGGUGUCAUUUGAAGCUAUUGGCAUGUCUGCGUUACAUUCUCUGUCAAAACACUGCCGGUCCAUCUUCUAUUUUCCGGAGAGGAACAAACAUUAUUCAAUAAAUUUGGAAUUUUUCAACCUAUUGAGGGUACUAUAUGUUACUGAUUUAUUCCAUUUGCCAAGUCCGACUGUUCAUAUCCAUUUGAGAUACCUACGGAUAUCCUGGGCACUUGAUCCUUAUGAUUCAUUAUUCUUCAAAGCAUGGAAUCUUCAAACAUAUAGUGUGUAUGGAAAUAUAAAAUUGCACGAUUUGGAGUUUCCACAACUACAGUAUAUUCACUGUGAACAAAUUAUUGAUAGAUCUUUUCCCAAAUCUGUUCAUCAAAACUUGCAGGUCAUUUCUAGUUUGCACGCUAGUCAAUGCGGUCAAGAGUCCUUAACAAAAGUUCCAUACCUAAAGAAGGUAUCUAUUAUUAUACUCAGACCCAAUGAUCGCAUUAAGAACCUUGUCUGUUUACAGCAGCUCGAGAGUUUGUCUCUUUAUCUCAAGCAUUGGGAAGCUGGUGCUGAUAAUUUUCCAAAACUUGAGCGCCUAUUCCUUAAAGAAUGCUCUGAAUUGAGAGAGAUCCCAAAUAGCUUUGCAGAAAUUCCAACAUUGAACUUAAUCCAAUUAGAGGAGUGUCAUCCUUCUGCAGUGAUGUCGGCAAAGCAAAUUGAGGCUGAACAGCAUGACUAUGGAAACGAGAAUAUGGUUGUCAUUGAGAAAAACACAGAACAGCUUGAAGAUACUCCUAUGAAGGCGAGAUUGAUGAAGAUGAGGAGUAGAUGAUGCAAAGCUAUAACAAAGAAAGACUCUAAAGCUGC